CAGUUGAAGUUGUGCUCUCUUAUUGUUUGGUUGGUGCGGUGGAAGCUUGAAAGUUCUUUUAUUAUUUAACAAUAAUUUUGAAAAAAAAAUUUUAAUUUUAAAAAAAUUUUAAAAUUUUGCAUUUCCUCAAAAAACGCAGCUGAAAUAUAAUUUUUAAUAAUUUUAUAUAUUUUAUUUAAAACGAAACAAACAUGUGCAACAUUAGGAAUGCAUCAUCGGCUCUACAAAAAUUAUUCGUUUUUGGCGCUUUGAAAUAUGGACAACCCAGUCAUUCCAUUUUGGCAAGCUCUGGUAAUGGAUAUGCCAAAUUUUGGUGCCGUGCCACAACCGCUGAAAAGCUACCUCUUGUGAUUGCCACACGCUACAACAUUCCAUUUUUGUUGAACAAACCCGGCGUUGGCUAUUAUGUCACUGGUGAAAUUUACGAAGUUGACAAUAAAAUGCUGGACAGUCUAGAUAGUCUAGAAGAUUGUCAGGAUAUAUUUACACGUGAAAUGCAUGACAUGAACAUUGGUGUCGGAGAAGGUACUGUUCCUUGCUGGGUCUACUUAUUGCAUAAAUAUCCAGAAAAAUUACUUUCUUUACCGUACUUGGCUCGUUAUGAGAAUACACCUGCUCAGCCUUAUGUAUUGAGAAAUCGCCGAUCACAUAAACAUCCUGCACAGGAAGAUCUCUCAUAUACAGACACUGCCUCCGUUUAACGGAAACCAUUCAAAGAAACAUCAACUAAGAGAACUACUAACUUUGGCUUCCAGUUAUUAUUGCAUUUAAAUAAAAAUCAUUUUGUAUAUAUAAAGAUUUGACAUUAUUGUCAU